AGCAGGAAGUGUCGGGAUCCACUCUUCGCCUUGAUUUUCUAUAGCAAAUAUUCUAAAACAAAUAUUUUCGGAUUGAUCGACGACUAAUUUGUUGUUGAUUUGUAAUAAAUGAAUCAAUCAAUCAACAUCAACUAAACACCUGAAGCUAUUUCCAGGAAGCGCCGUUUGUGGUAGGCUACAGUAAAAUGGCAGCAGCGAGUGUCUCCUGGGCCGAGGACCAGUUCACGUGUCCGGUGUGUCUGGACGUCCUGCAGGACCCAGUGACGAUUCCCUGUGGACACAGUUACUGCAUGAGCUGCAUCACAGACUGCUGGAAUCAGGAGGAGCAGAAGCGAAUCUACAGCUGUCCUUUAUGCAAACAGAGCUUCACUCCGAGACCUGCUUUAGCUAAGAAUGUGGUGUUUGCUGAAAUGCUGGAGAAACUGCAGAAGAGCAGACUCCAGACGGCUGCUCCUGCUUCUGUUCACACUGGAUCUGGAGAUGUGGAGUGCGACGCCUGCACUGGAAAUAAGCAGAAAGCUGUGAAGUCCUGUCAGGAGUGUAGAAACUCUUAUUGUCCAGAUCACCUCCAACAGCACGAGAGUCUCUUCAGAGGUCGAGGACACAAUCUGAUGGAGGCCACUGGACGACUGCAGGAGAUGAUCUGCCCUCAGCAUAAUAAAGUGAUGGAGAUUUACUGCCGCACCGACCAGCGCUGCAUCUGUAUGCUGUGUUUGGUGGAUGAACACAAACAUCACGACACUGUGACAAUCGUAGCAGAAAGGAGAGAGAAACAGGGACAUUUGGAGGAGAACCAGGCGUACUUACAAAUAUUAAUCCUUAAGCGAGAGAAAGAUCUUCUUAAGCUGAGAGACGCUGUUGACAUUCAUAAGCGCUCAGCACAGUCGGCAGUGGAGGACAGUGAGAGGAUCUUCACUGAACUCAUCCAGGAUAUUGAGAAACGUCGCUCUGAGGUGAAUCAGCUGAUCAGAGAUCAGGAAAGAGCUGCUGUGAGUCGAGCUGAAGAACAACUGGAGCGACUGAAGCUGGAGAUCAAUGAUCUGAAGAGGAGAAACACUGAGCUGAAGCAGCUUUCAGAAACACAGGAUCAUCUUCACUUCCUCCAGAGUUGCCCGUCUGACACUUUCUCUGGAUCUUCAGAUUCAGGCUUCACUGUCAGUUCUCAUCUGUGUUUUGAUGAUGUGGUGAAAUCAGUCUCUCAGUUCAGAGACAAACUGCUGCAGUUCUUAUCAGAUGAGACCGAAGAGAUCUCUAAAGAAGUGAAAUCAGUCCAGGUCAUUCAGACCCCUGAAUGUCAAACCAGUGAGUCUCAACAGUUUCAACAACGUUCUCAUCAUGUGGUGGAGUGCACAUCUGAGGGCCCAAGAAGACUUCCUGCAAACCUUCCUAAGCCAAAGGAGUCCGAACCUGCACCCCCCACCGAUCUAAACCCAUAUUGUGGGAGGAAAUCCAAAACCUCUGCUCGCUACCCUGUAAACUCAUUUUGUGGGAGACAAUCCUUUCCCCCACCCCCCAACCCUUUUGACUCAAAAUGGUGGAUAAAGUCCAAAACUUCUGCCCCCACCCCUGAAAAUCCAUAUCGGUGGAUUAAGUCCAAUCCUGAAUCCCCCACCGCUGUAAACUUUUUGGGGGGAAGUGAGUCCAAACCCACACCCCCCACCCUUGUAAACAAAUUUUGUACGAGAAAGUACAAGCCAUCUGGCCCGCCACCCUUGUAAACUAAUAUUUGGGGAGGGAAUCCAAACCUGCACCCCCACCCUUGUAAUUACAUUUUGACGUAGGCUGUCCAAACCCACUCCACUCCACCCCUGUAAAUCAUUUUGGGGAAGGGAGUCCAAUCCUGGACCACUCACCCCUGUAAAGUAUUUUAGGAGACGGAAUACAAAACUUUCUGCCCAUACCUAUGUAAACACAUUUUGGGAGAGGUAGUCCAAAUCCUUAGACCCCUUCCCUGAAAACUCGUAUUGUGAAGGGAAGUCCAAUCCUGCAUCCCAAACCCCUGUAGUCUAAUUUUGGGGGAGGGUGUCCACACCAUCUGGCCCCAGCCCUUGUAAACUUAUUUUUUUGGGGGUGGAGUCCAAUGCCCUUUGCCCUCACAAGUCUAAAUUCAUUUAUGGGAGGAAGUCUUUGUUAACUAAAGAUUAAAUAAACAGUGGUUCUGAACGCCAUGCAUCAGUUUAAGAGAUCAUGAGGCGUCUUUUCUAAUCAGAAAUAACAUUACAGACAUUUAUUAAUCAUAUAAGAGUAAAAUGUUUAAACAGAUAUAGUAAUAAAGUAAGCUACUUAUGAAUGUUGGAAAAGAUUCAUUCAUUUAGUUUCUUUUCAGC